CCAACUACAAAUGAGAUCACAAUAGUGCAUAAUGUGCCACUAUUACCUAAUCAUGUCAAAGUCAUGGUCGAUGAAGUGGUUGAUGGCGUAGAAGAAUGUAAUCUCCCCGUAGAAAGUUUGUAGUAUAAAACUUUGGGAGAUAUUGCUUGUAGUCAUGCACGUACAAUGGCCUACUCAUUUAGUUAUUUUGGAUGAGGAAAAUGUUAAAAUAAGUUCACCAAAAAAAAAACAAAAAACAAACAAACAAAUGAGAGACCUAAGUGCUGAGCUAUCUGCUGGUACUCAUAUACGACCUCCAAUUGUUGGUGAGAAUGUCUUUUUGCUUUUGGGAAAAUACUGCAAAAGGCUUGUCAAAGUGUUGGAAUCAUUUCCUAUUGAAAAAGAGUACAUUGAUUUGGAUUUAGAUCAGACAAUCUUCCAUCACGGAAACGUGAACGGUGUUUUUGUGAUGAUCGUGGAUAUACAGGAUAUGUUGACAAUGAAGUGGCUCAAUGUCUCGAUUAUACUAGUGUUUAUGCUGUUUUUGAAUAAGCUGUGUAAGCAACUUGGAGUGACAUCUAUCGAUUUUGCAUGUCCAACCCAAAUUUCAGCAAAUAUGGUUAACAUCAAUAGUUCUAAUGUUACAUCAUAUCUAAUUCAUGUUAUGGACGAACACAAGGGUCAACAAUUCAUAUUCGCACCGUAUCAUCAAGAAUAUAGCAAUCAUUGAUUGUUGAUUGUGAUUUGCACACCUUCAAAAGCGGUGUAUGUGUUUGAUCCUAUGAAAACUCAGCGCACCCUUGAAGUAAAAACUUUUUGUGAAUAUGUAAGUAAAAACUUUACUAUUAAUAUAUGUAUUUUUAAAUGUUAUUAUGUUAUUUAUAAAUUGAUAUAAAUGUUUAUUAUUUAUAUAGGGCAUUUCGAUCUAUUCCUGUUAAUGGGCGAACAACUAGAAAUGUUAAUUGGACGGAAUGCAAAGUAUGAAGUUAAAGUUAUAUUAAAGUUUUAAUAUUAUAUUAACCUUA